AUGUUUAUGCAAGUGACCUCCAAAUCAUCUUCAAGCUGCUGCACGGCGACGACCCGCGAAUGGCUGGACUCGCUUCCCUCAUCUUCAGAUUUCACUGAUCCCUCGGUCGCAAGCACACCCCCUAAAAAGAAGCGCAAAGUCAACGGAUGCCAGCAGCUCCACGGGAAGCGUCCCGUUCUCAGCUCCAUCUCGACCAACAUUAUGGCGCCAAAGGCCUCCCAGACAAAGAAGGGUGCCCAAGCUACCCCAUCGCUGGCCCCAAACACACCCCCCAGACAGACACCAGUCAGCACCGCAAGUCUUCUUGACCAUGAAAAGACUCCGACGCAAAACAACCCGAAUCCUCGCAGACCAUCUCACCGCCUCACGCGGUCUGAACCUUCCCCGCAAAAAUUACCUACGCGUCAAUCCAGCAGACUGCAUCCACAGGCAGCUCCACAAAUCCCGCCUUUUUCACUACUAACGUUGGCGCCGGCUCGCGAGAGAAGAGGGGGACAUGGACACAUACUAGAAGAGGAGGAAGAGGCCGAAGAAGAGGCAGAUGGCGAGAUUGAAGACAUUGGAGAGCUGGAAGUCGGCGACGAGGCAGCGGAUGAAGGCGAUGAAGCUUCUUCUGACUCUGCUGCCAGCACUGAGGUCUCCCAAUUUCUACGUCUCCGCGAUUACCACAUUCAGCAAGCAUCCUUUGAAGACGAGCAAUAUGCCUUCCCACCUCCAAAUCUGAAGACGUUGACCGAAAAUUUGUUUGAUAUAGCUCAUGGUACUAAUACCAUUCCCCUGCAGCUGAAAGAUCGUACAUCUGCCGCCUCGUUGCCACUGAAACGAAAAUACAUAUCAGAGAGCGUCGCUAAAAAUGCCGCUGAGUGCACAGUCAGGCUAUCAGCGGAAGAUGAAGAGGCCGUGACAGACUUCUGGAAGGAGAUCAUCAGAAUCAAAGGAUUCGCGAACGAAUGCGAGGCGAAAUCAUAUGCCGAGCCUAGAUGGAAUAACCAAGUUCAUUCGAGACUUCUGAGUCUUGCCCUCGCUGCGGGAAGGCAGCAAAAUCAUACCUGGUUCCGUAAUGUUACAACGCAUAGGAUAACGGAUCCUGAGAUUCGGGAUGGCCUGGUGGGUACAGGGAAACAUGCCACUAUGGUAGACUAUGCUAUCCUUUUAGAGCUAUCAUCCGAGACCAUAGAGAGAAUUGUGAAGAAACUGGGCGCGCUGCGGACUGACGAGCUGAACCAGUCCCGUGCUAAGGAUCUUGACAAGGUCAUUCUGGCUGCAAACAUAGAGACCAAAGUUCUUGGAAGCGGUAAAGCCCGCGCCAAAGGGAUCCGACAAUUGGCGAUCUGGACGAUUGCACACUUUAGGAAGCUUGUACAACUGAAUCCAGGACUUGCUUGGAGUGAUCUGCCUACACUCCCCGUCGUUCUCACAGAGAGCCACCAAUGGAUUUUUUUUGCGAUGAGGAUGACUGGACCAGGGGAGCUGCUGGUGCAUGGAGGUGAGCCCAUUGCCUCAACAGCAGACAUCCAGGGAAUUUUCAAGGUGCUUGCACUCAUUCAGCGACUUGCGCGUUGGUGCAAAGAAGAGUAUUUGGUUUGGUGGGAGGAGAAGAUACUAGAACAUACAGCGAAGCCUCCACAGGUGGAAGCGCAGGGUUAG